AAUAAUUGUGUGCAGGGACCCGGAAAAAAAUAAAUAGACUCUUUAUUUUUCACUCUUUUUUUAUACAAUUUUUAAAUAAUAAAAAAAAAUUGAGCAGCGAGUCCAGCCACGAGGAGUAGGCUUUUACCAGAAACUGAAGCAUGAAUUUUCUUUGUCAAAAUCCUAAGAGGCGCGUUUUCACAGCAACAACAAUAUAAAAAACUACUCUGCCAAAAAAAGGAAUUAGUCUAGCUCAUCGACGUUUUUGUUUUUUUGGAGUGAAAAUUAUAGGCUAGCAGCCUUAUUAAUCGGUAAGAAAGAGGACAGGACAACACGACAUUGGAAUUACUACUUUGUAUAAAAAAUAAAAAUAAAAAAAGAGGUGCUGAGGGUGAUCAGGCUUCAUCAUUAUGGAAGAAAAUGCUCGCCGAGACCCAGAGCGCGCACAGGACUCCGGCGAGGAGUCCAACCGGGCCAUCCUGCCUCUCCUCCAGCCACCUGGCAACCAGCAGUCCCACAGGAUCACAAACUUUUACAUCGACAACAUUUUGAGACCGGACUUUGGCCGAAAGAGAAAGCACGGGAAUCCGGUCCGGGAGGGAGACCGUCUGGGUCUGGGUCUGGGAGUGAUCAUACGCACAGAGGAGCUGACAGGGACAAAGUCUUCCAAAACUGGCAACCCGCAGCAGGGUGGAGCAGGAGGCGAGGAAGAAGAAGAACAACAACAACAAGAGGAGGAUGAGGACACGGGAGCAUCCGACGACCAGCAUCCGGACACUGAGGCCAAGAGGCCGGACCUGAGAGCCGGGGAUGCGGCUGGGAAGGGUCGGGGGGGCGGCGGGGACCGGUGCCGCAGCCCCGAGGCCGGCUCGGCCCCUGCGUCCAAGCCGCCGAUGCUGUGGCCGGCCUGGGUUUACUGCACCCGCUACUCGGACCGUCCAUCAGCAGGGCCCAGAUCCCGCAAACCAAAGAAGGAACCGACCCCGAGUAAAGAGGACAAGCGGCCCCGGACGGCCUUCACCGCGGAGCAGCUCCAUCGGUUAAAAACGGAGUUCCAGAACAACCGGUACCUGACCGAGCAGCGGCGGCAGAGCCUGGCCGGGGAACUUGGCCUUAACGAGUCUCAGAUCAAAAUCUGGUUUCAGAACAAACGGGCCAAAAUCAAGAAAGCCACCGGGAAUAAAAACGCUCUGGCGCUGCAUCUCAUGGCACAGGGACUGUACAACCACGCCGGGUCCAAGGACGCCAAGUCGGACAGCGACUAGAGGAGACACGGAGGGACAGGAGGGGGUUCUGAACCAUGCAAUAAAAAUCACUUCAGUACCAGCAUUCAUAUUUAAAAACUCAAGCAGAGACGAUAUUGUGACAUUUUGUUUGUCGUGUGUGUGUGUGUGUGUGUGUGUGUGUGUGUGUGUGUGUUGUGUGUGUGUGUGUGUGUGUGUGUGUGUGUGUAGGCUAAUGCGUCCUGCAGGGCUGUAGUAGCCUAUAAAUGACGACGUCCAAUCCAAAUCAAAACGUAUGCUGCGUUCAUGUCACGGACAGAAGUCGGGAUUUUCCACGGUACUACACGACUGUUACAAUUCUAAAAACCCGCCACUCCCGUAGGCCUACAAUUAGCUUAGACGUCCAAAUAAAAACAGCCACGGAUGCUUCUGUUAGAUCUGAUUUUAGCAACUUUAUAGGCUGCAUUGUUUGAGAAGGCCGAUUCUGAACUCUGCGUGGCACAUAAAGGCCACAUUUCCAAACUGCUGGUCACUCAUUGAGAAAAGAGUAGCCUAAAACAUUUCUAUGUGUUAGCUAAAAGCAGGCUACCAGCAGCUGAGGCAAUAGGCCUACAGUUCAUUUCAAAUGCUACCAUUUCACCUACGUUUGGGAUAAAACAUGCGCUUUGAUGUAGCCUAGUAAUUUAAAGGCUAUUAUCGAUGGCUAAGAAAAUAAAGACUAUUUUGAAAUUGUUUAACAUUAUAACUAAUAGGCCUAGUUAGGCUAUAGUUUGAACAGUGUACCCCCGCCAUGUUUGACAUCAGGUAACAGCCUAUUAUUUCAGAAACCUCAUACAUUUCAACCUACUUCAAGUUCCAAAUUUCCACCUGAGUUGUUGUUUUUUCUGUGAAGAAACGCCCAGAAUACCGAUAUUCUGACACACAUGGAACGCAGCAUUCUCGGGUAAGAUGGGACAAAUAGGCUACAGAAAACAUAUCUUUUUUUUUUUAAGAGGCGGGGAAAGAGAGCAAAUAACAUCCAAUAGGAGCUUAGAAAACAUGCACGAGCUCCAUGCCGGGGACGAGACAAGUGGACUGGACAGCCGUCACGCGCACUACAGCCCUGUGUCCCGUCAGGCUCAACUGUUGUGUCUGAGGAACUUUUUAUUGUUUAUGAAAACUAUAUGCUGAAAUCCAAAGAUUUUUUUCUGCUGCAUUCUGGGAACUGUGAAUCGAGAAAAUAGCCUCUACUUUGUGUUGUCUGUGUUUUGUACUUGUUUUUUAUUUUUUCUUACUUAAUUGGCUAUUUUCUGCUCUUUUCCUUUUUAUUCUGUCGGCGUGCUGUUGGCCUACUGAAUGUUUACCUGGAGGUCUGGUUGUUUUGGAGUAGCCUUCUAAAGCCUUUUAUACGGGCGCCAACAUUAGAUAAUAACGACCCAUUUUUUUAUAUCUGCAAUUAAAGGUCUGCUUUAUAGAAGCUGUGUGCUGAAUGCAAACUGUUCAAUUACUAAAUUUGGUCCUUAUACAAAAGAACUGGCAACGGACCCACACGCAACAGAACGCGACAAGCCUCGGUUUAAAUUCUAUCAUCCGAUUUUAGGUAGCGCUGGAAGAAAGCAAGAUGCGUUUUCUCCAGAUAACACCAAACACUCGUUUUCAUUUUUAUUUUCGUUUAUUUGAAAAAAAUAUAUAAAAAAUGACCAGAACACACCUAUUUUUUUUUUCUUCUUUCUUUCAACAAACACUCAAAUUGUAGCCUUACACGCCCUUUAAAACAAUUCACGUGAUGUCCCAAAGCCAAGCUACACCAUCAACAAGGGACAUUCUUACCCACUCGUGUCCGACCGUCUGCCGACUUUGGCACCGCACCCUCCGGCCAAACCACGGACCUAUAGCUCGUAGCCUAUAGGCUAUCAUUCUACGAAUGUUUCAAGAAGAAAAAAAAAUAGGCAACGUUUUUAUUUGUUGUUAACAAAGAACCGUUAUAUUCUUAUUUAUAAUACAAUGCACACAUCUAUAGCCAUGUGGAAACGGGGCUCUGGAGUGUUUACAUAACUUAUUUUUAUCCUGCAAUAACUUUUCUGUUUGAAUGCCUCAUCUGACGGGCCUUUUGCCGGGUCUAAUUAAUGUGGAUCCGAACCAAAUCGUGGUCUUAUACGAUGCUGUGAAUGUGUCUUUUUUUAUUUUAUUUUUUUAUUUUGUGUUAUAGGAAGUCCGUUUUUUCUUCUUCCUUGCAUUCAAUUACAACCCUGGACAAGCUUCUGCCUUAAAAAAAAAAAAAAAAAAUUAGUAAAUAUAGUUAGUGUUCUAAAGAAAAGAGCAGCGGUGUUUUCUACAAUGGGAUUUUUUUUGGACAUCAGGAUUUUCUUUUUUUUUUAAAUGAACACAUUGAGUUGUGUUUUAUUCCCUCUCAGCUGAAGUUCUCUUUUAUACGAUCCUACAUGUAAAUAAUUUAUAUCAUAAUGGUGUGGUGGUAAAUAAAA